CACUCUCUUAAGAUAAGCCCGGUCACAGCCAUUAAAAUUAGUUGAACAGACCAGAAUUGGUAUUUGGUCGGUUCUCUUUUGUAUGCUGCCCUUGUGGUGCUUUUUCUCUCGAGCUUCGUGAGAGAUGGACAGUUAGAAGGACUGUUGUAGAUGGCUGCUGCCUUUGUUGUUCUUUUCCUUGGCCACCGCUGAUGGUGCUGAUUUUUUGGUUGUUGUUGUGCUGCUGCUGCCCCUACAAGAACUGUUUUCGUGUUGGCUUAUCAUGGAUAAAUCAGUCAACCUACUGGUAAUGCUAAGACAAGACGUACGCGUGUCACACAAUAUAUAGUCAAAAAUAAAAAAGUUUGCGCUUAAAGUUGUAUAAGUACUUUUAAGUUGCUAUUGAAAGCAGGAGCGAAGGUAAUUUAAUAAUGUCUGAAUUUAACUUGUCUACGGAAAAAUUAAACUACUUUACAGAAGUGAUAAAAACGUACGACAAUAAACAUAAAUGCAAGUUUAAUGGAUAAUAGUCAACAACAAAACAAUUUCAAAAAACAGUUCAGCUUACUUUCCUGAAGUACUUAUGUACAAAUAAAAUGCACACAAAAAUUGUAUAAAAUAAAAUACAACAGUUUACAAUAACUUCGAGCACAUAGAAUUAAUAUGCAGAUGUGUAUGAAUGUAUUUUUUCCUUCGGGCUUUCGCUAACACACAUUGCUCCCACAGCUUCGAAGUAACGCCAUCCUCAGUACCAUUCUUGUCGGUACUUCUUGGUAAAGUCCUUGCAACGGAAGCUUUUCCGAUUCGUUUCAUCUUGUGCCCACAAGCUCCGAUUAUUGAGUACGACUUUAACCGCUGACACGAACCAGACGAACGACAAAGCUUUGCAGUGUAAGCGUGUAUAAUUUACAUAAAGCAAAAUAAAGACAGCGAAGCUAAUUUCGGCAAGCCGAAGUAGAUAUACUCUUGCAUAUUAAAACAAAAUGAAAACAUGCAAUUAAAAGCAUACGUAAAUCCUUGUGGACGGCAGUACACCUAGUGAGAAAGAGCACCAGGAGAGAGAGCUAAUGUGACAAGCAUAUUGCAACGUGCCGAAUGUGAACAGUUUAAAGUUUCAGGAUUUCAUUGGAAAACUUCUUUAUAAGAUCAGCAAGUAUAAGCAAUGCAAUGCUAUUAACGUUGUGGUCUUAAAAAGUUAAGAAAAAAAAAACUGAAGAUGAAACUAACAAGAGACAAAAUUAUAAUUCUGGCCAUCAUGCUGAUGCUGAGUCCAGUAGCCAACUUAAAGAGUCUUAAUAACGUACAUACUCAGGACACUGUGUCGGUGUCUUUGCCUGGCGAUAUAAUACUUGGUGGGUUAUUUCCCGUCCAUGAAAAAGGUGAAGGUGCUCCAUGUGGACCAAAAGUAUAUAACAGAGGAGUACAACGCCUGGAGGCAAUGCUCUAUGCUAUAGAUCGCGUAAAUAACGACUCUAAUAUUCUUCCCGGAAUAACGAUAGGGGUGCAUAUACUUGACACCUGUUCGAGGGACACAUAUGCCCUUAACCAGUCACUUCAGUUUGUAAGAGCUUCCCUCAACAACUUGGACACUUCUGUGUUUGAGUGUUCAGAUUCGUCAAGCCCACAAAUAAGAAAAAACGCUUCAUCGGGACCCGUUUUCGGAGUUAUUGGUGGAUCCUACAGUUCAGUGUCUCUGCAAGUAGCCAACUUGCUGCGUCUGUUUCAUAUUCCCCAAAUAUCACCGGCAUCAACUGCUAAAACGCUAUCGGACAAAUCACGAUUUGAUCUAUUUGCUAGAACAGUACCGCCAGACACUUUUCAAUCCGUAGCCCUUGUAGAUAUACUCAAAAAUUUUAAUUGGUCCUAUGUAUCCACGAUACACUCGGAGGGAUCUUAUGGUGAAUAUGGGAUUGAAGCUUUUCACAAGGAAGCCACCGAACGGCACGUAUGCAUAGCGGUAGCCGAGAAAGUGCCAAGCGCAGCAGACGAUAAAGUUUUUGACUUAAUAAUUGGCAAACUUCAAAAGAAGCCCAACGCCCGCGGAGUUGUACUCUUUACAAGAGCCGAGGAUGCGCGCCGCAUUCUUCAGGCAGCUAAGCGCGCUAAUUUAUCACAACCGUUUCACUGGAUAGCAAGUGACGGUUGGGGCAAGCAACAAAAACUUCUUGAAGGCUUGGAGGAUAUUGCCGAGGGCGCUAUAACUGUAGAACUACAGUCGGAAAUAAUCGAAGAUUUUGAUCACUAUAUGAUGCAGCUGACGCCGGAAACAAAUCAAAGGAACCCGUGGUUUGCUGAGUACUGGGAGGACACGUUCAAUUGCAUUCUCGAACCAGUGUCGGAUCAAACAAAUUCCCCAACCAGUAUCGAUUCCACUGAGAUAAAGAUCGCUACCAAGUCUAAAACAACAUGCGAAGAUAGCUUUCGGUUAUCUGAGAAAGUUGGAUACGAACAGGAGUCCAAAACUCAAUUUGUUGUGGAUGCUGUAUACGCAUUUGCCUAUGCACUUCAUAAUUUACAUAAUGAUCGUUGUAAUACACAAAGCGACCAAACGUCGGAACAACGAAAGCACCACCAUAGUGAGUCUGUGUGGUACAGAAAACUAUCGACUGAUACGAAGUCCCAGGCGUGUCCCGACAUGGCAAACUAUGACGGAAAGGAUUUUUACAACAACUACUUGUUAAACGUCUCGUUUAUAGAUCUUGCCGGCAGCGAAGUCAAGUUUGAUCGUCAGGGCGAUGGAUUGGCAAGGUAUGAUAUUUUAAAUUAUCAACGUCUGGAAAACUCAUCUGGAUAUCAGUAUAAGGUUAUUGGCAAAUGGUUUAAUGGACUGCAACUAAAUUCUGAAACAGUUGUAUGGAACAAGGAAGCAGAGCAACCAACUUCCGCAUGUUCGCUGCCUUGUGAGGUUGGGAUGAUAAAAAAACAACAGGGAGAUACCUGUUGCUGGAUAUGCGACAGCUGCGAAUCCUUCGAAUACGUAUAUGACGAGUUUACAUGUAAGGACUGCGGUCCAGGACUUUGGCCUUAUGCAGACAAGCUUUCCUGCUUUGCUUUAGAUAUUCAAUACAUGCGAUGGAACUCCUUAUUUGCUCUAAUACCCAUGGCCAUAGCAAUAUUCGGUAUUGCUGUGACAAUUAUAGUAAUGCUACUAUUUGCAAAAAAUCACGAUACUCCAUUGGUAAGGGCGUCAGGACGGGAGCUAAGCUAUACUCUUCUCUUCGGUAUUUUGGUUUGUUACUGUAAUACCUUUGCGCUGAUAGCUAAACCAACAAUUGCUUCAUGUGUUCUGCAGAGGUUUGGUAUAGGGGUUGGUUUUUCCAUAAUUUAUAGUGCUCUGCUAACAAAAACAAAUAGGAUUUCACGAAUAUUUCACUCUGCAUCUAAAUCAGCUCAGCGCCUUAAGUAUAUUAGUCCACAAUCCCAGGUGGUAAUAACAGCCUCUUUAAUCGCAAUACAGGUUCUUAUCACCAUGAUUUGGAUGGUAGUUGAACCUCCAGGAACUCGUUUCUAUUAUCCAGACCGAACAGAAGUGAUCCUUAAGUGCAAAAUACAGGACAUGUCCUUCCUUUUUUCACAGUUGUAUAAUAUGAUUCUCAUAACAAUAUGCACAGUUUAUGCUAUUAAAACGAGGAAAAUACCAGAAAAUUUUAAUGAGUCAAAGUUUAUUGGAUUCACUAUGUACACCACUUGUAUAAUCUGGCUAGCUUUUGUACCCAUAUACUUUGGAACUGGAAAUUCUUAUGAGGUGCAAACUACUACGUUAUGUAUUUCAAUAAGUCUGAGUGCAUCAGUUGCUCUUGUUUGUUUGUAUUCACCCAAGGUGUACAUCCUCGUCUUUCACCCGGAUAAAAACGUCCGUAAGUUAACCAUGAACAGCACCGUCUACAGGCGUUCAGCUGCAACUGGAGCUCAGGGUGCGCCCAGCAGCUCCGUAUAUAGUCGCACACAGGCAGGCAACACUGUACCGACAGGAGGGGCGUUGGGUACUACAGCAUCAAGUGCCCUUCAAACACAAAACAGCUCUAAUCUUGACGAGCCUUCGGGCCAAUCAGCUGUUGUUCACAAAAGCAGUGAUUAUAGUAAUGGCGAAUUCAUGCCCGAGGAAUGCGAAUGUGCUGAGGCAUUCUGCAACCGAGUAAAAAAUUAAAUUUUAAGCCGAGGAAUAUCACACUUGAAUAUUGGUCGACAACCGAUGCUUUUUAGAAAAGACUAGUUAUCCUAUGGAAAUGUACAUCUUUAAUUUAGAUUAUACUUCGCUAGUUAAACACGAAACGAAACUUAUAAUAUCACGAUUAAAGUAGAAUAAUAACCAUAUACUGGAAUAGUUAAGUGUAAGAAAAAUCUGUAGAGAUUUAUAUAUUAAGCAGCGCUCCCAUUCGCCAAAAUAGGUAGUCUAUUUCAUCUCGGAUAAAGAAUCUCAAGAAAUUGUUGUUUUAACCAAAAUGUUAAGGUUCUAAAGAAUUUCGAAAUAAUUUUUUCCCAUCACUAAUUAAGAAAAAUUGUACAUUAAAAAAUAAGAAUACUUAUUUAUUAGCGUUUUCAACUUUGAGAACCAUGUUCCUGAUUUAACUGGAUUGUUGUUUUCAUUCAGUUUUAGUCUUAUUUCUUUCAACUAUGUAUAUAUUAAGCAAUAACACCUCCUAAUCCUUCAAGGAGAAACAAUAAAGUCGAGGCCUUCGACUGUUAUAUACCCAUUAAUCUGAUUCAUAUAAAAUCAAAUUGCCAGGCAUUUUGAUUUGCGCGGCACUUACCACUGAUGCUAGCGCCACGGUACCUUGCGGACUUUAGAUGUAAUACUGACCAUGCCAAAGUCUGUUUAACUUAUUUAGUCAUUACGUUGGGUACAAUUUUCAACAUUUAGAUACACCGAAAAAAAAUCUUCAAAAAGGAGGAAGGCUGUCAGACUUUAGCGUUAUUGGAGUUAGAGGAGCGGUGGCAUUUUGCUGAAUAAAACAAACGCUGCAGAAAAUGUACAUGUACUUGUUUUAUACAAUCCUUUUAGAUUUUGCAGUUCAAUAUGUAUAUCAGGGAGGGUCGAAUGAGGAGCCUGAAAAUCGUAUUUUAAAGGAUUGUAAACAACAUUGCCGAAGUCCAACAGCUUAUAUGUAGGAUUGAAAAUCAAUUUACCAAAACAAAAAGUUGUCAUGCCCACAAACCGAUCAAAAUCGUACAUUUAAGCACUGAUAUCUCGCAGGUGUAUUUCAGCAGGGUGUCACUCUCUCUCUUCGGAUUUAAACAAUUGGGGUGUCAUUCGACGCGUAUUUUCGGUAAAAAUACAACAAGGCCAAUAAAAUGUGGCCUAUAUUCUCAACCGCCUAAAAAUGUCAUAUUUUAUAAAUUUUCUUUUAAUAAUUUAAUACAAUAUAAGGAAGUCGCCCUCCCACACCUUUCUUAAGCGCUUCGUUAAUCAGUGGAUCUUAAUCCGCUUGUCAAUACCUACUGCCACGGACUGUAAAUAAAUAGUAAAAAGUAAAAAAUUUAAAAAUGUAAAGAAAAUAAAAUUUAAAAAAAAAUAUAUAAUUUUUUUUAGCGUUUUUCUUGUUUUCAGUAGAAAUAAAGCAAUUGUUUCCAUUUUUCCGUGCCAUAUUCAAAUUAAUUUACUAGAAACAUGUUUAUCUGACCAUGUCCAUGCAGAUUCUAUUUUCAAAUACAGCGAAACUUUGUUUCGUCAGGGUGGCUCCCUAAUUUUCAAUGUUAGAAUAAACAUUAACAGAAAUGUAUAGCUCUCAUCGAUAGCUAUCAAUGAAUCGAAAAAAGGUUUAAAACAAAUCGACCCUAUAGACGCUGAUCUCUCGGAAAGUAUGACAUCAUAAAUUAAGGGACCACACUAACUCGUACCAACAACCAAAAAAGUCUUUAAACUCAAAACUUUAAUGCCCACAAACGCCCUAACACUAUAAUUUGUCUUCGCCACAUUACUAUGUAAAAAAAAAGAUAAAGAUAGUAUGAUUUAUAUUUAUAAGGUUAUAAUUAUUUCAGUCACUAGUUUGCAAUGCAGUAAAGGUUAUUUGUUUUACCUUUCCUACCCGAUUCGAUAUAGUUUUCCGAUCCUGCAUAAGAAAUGAGACUUUUGGAAAGUCGGACAGCUUCAAACGUUUGCCUAGAAACGGACAUGACUAUUUUCACUCGUCUAAUUAUCAUGAAUAUAAAAAAAAAUAUAUAUUUAUUUAGCCAUUUAGCCAUAUCUCUAUAGAGAUUACAUUUUACUUUAUAGAGUAGGAAACGCUUUUUGUUACAUUUGUUCAGACGACUGUAAAUUAAUUAUUUUAUUCUACGAGUAACAGGUAUAAAAAGUGAAAAUUUACUUUUUUUAAGAUCACAUAAUGAUUUUAGGCUGAUAAAACUGUAUCAUAUCGACUACAUUUCACUUUUCCUAAGAUAUAAUAAAUAAAACAAGAAAGGAAGUUGUAUACCCUUGCAGUUAUAAUAAAUAGUCAAAGUUUGUAACGCCAUGUUUAAUUUUUAAGGACUGUUGCUGGCUUCUGUGAUAUUAAAAAAAAUUACUUCAUUAUUUCUCUGCCAUUUCCUUGACAGCUUUAUGAUAGAGUCGUCCGAUUUUUAUAAAUUUUAAUUCGAAAUUCUUAAAUAUAUAAAAAAUGGUAUUCUUAUAUUUAUAAGAUAAUACCGAAGCUAUAAUUUGUAUCAUAUUAGUUUCCCACCAAUUUUCCGAUCGUUCCUAUGACAGCUAUAAAAAGUGCUAUUUUCAAGGGGGUUAUAUGUUAAAAAACACCAAACAUAUAAUUUUUUUCAGAAUAUUUUCCCAUCAAUUUUUUGAUUGUUACCAUUACAGCUAUAUGAUAUAGUCGUCCAAUUUUGAAAAAAUUUAAUACGAAAUUCAGACUCUCUUAAAACAUGUUAUUUCCAAGCGUAGGAGGAGAAAACAGCGAAGUUAUAAUUUUUUAAAAUUUGUUUUGCAAUUGUUUCUAUGGGAGCUAUAAGAUAUAGUAGCCCUGUCCGACUGGUUCCGUCUUACAUACUAACUGCAAAGGAAAGAAGACUUUUGGGAAAGUUCAGCUCGAUAGCUUUAAAACUGAGAAACUAGUUUUCGUAGAAACGGACGGACACACGGACAUGAAAAAUAUCGUCUAGAUCAUAAUACCCUCUGCAAGGGUAUGCACGUCUAUUGGUAGACAAUAUAAAAUUGUGCUCCAAGCGGAAUGGAAGUUCUCGACAACCCAACGACAAAUAACAUCAAAAUAAAUAACAAAUAUAUCAAAAGUUUUCUCAUUGGUUAGGAUAUGCAUAAAAAGUUCAACAUGUAUAAUAUGUGAGAAGUAGGAUUACUGUUCCUAUAUAUAAGGUUUGUUAACUAUUGGGAAAGUUUUAAAUCGAUAACUUUUAAAAUGGGUAAACGGCACAGAAACGAAUAAAAUAUACUUUAUAGGAUCGGAAUAUUCGCCUUUAUUAUUUUACAAAAUGUAUAGAACAGCUGACGUAUAUAAUUGCCAUUAUACCCUCUUUUUAUAUAAGAAAAAAAUUGUAAACAAUCUUUCAGUGGUAGUUUUUAGUAUAUGGGGUGCAAAUUUUAUUUAUAAAUAAUAAUCAAAAUAUAUUCAGUUUACUUUACUACUAACUGGUAUCAAUGUGCACGGCGGCCCACGUAGUGACAAAGAGCACCAGGAGGGUGUGGGAAGGCGACUACUAUAUAUACACAAAAUGAAAACCUACUGUAGUCGUCCCAUUGUUUCGCGUAAUACAUCAAUCAAAAUGUAUUGCAAAAACUAAAAGAAUUGCAUACCAAGACGUUAAAAAAAAUUAAUUGGUUUGGGAGAAAAGGAAAAUGAAAAUGUAAAAGUUAAAAUUUUAAAAAUGUGAUUUGUUGGGGCCGGUGGGGAUAAUUACCACCACCACCAUUGCCCCCCUAUCGACCUAGUUGUUCUACCACUUUUCGAAAAACUAGCUAGUUUGACAGCUAUAAAAACUAUUGAAAACUUUUAAUAAAGCGUGCCGGAUGAAAACAAUGUAUAAACUGUACUUAUUUAGUGAAUCGAAAUAAGUACUUUUGUUUGUUGAAAGUGCGAUCGUCACUAUAUUUAUACCUCGUUAAGAGGUGUUUUUAUAUUAAAUAUAUGUUUCUCAAUAAACAUGACACAAUAAACUUUUUUGAAACACAUUUGUGUAUUCGAUUGCCGGUGCAUCUCUCCAUAUAUCAUUCUAUGCCUAAGUUGUUGCCGUGACGGAUGCUGCUGAUGUUGCAAGAAAAGCUGAUGCCAUCCAACCGGAGAUGGAAUGUUUUGAUGCACAUGUUCCGUAUUUAAAAUUGAUUCCACAGUGUGUUUAUUAACUUAUAAAGGAUGGCUUUUAAGACCAAUAAAAACGAAAACUGAAAAAUUACAAAAUAUCAAUUUAGUGGUAAAAAUUUUAACUCAAUAGGUUUGAUAUAAGUAAGAUUUAAAACAAAUCUAGAAAAUUCGAAUUCGCACGUAUGUAUUUAAAACUGGGAUUGGCUUAACAGCUUUAAAAUGAAAGUGUUCUCAUUUCUGCCUCACUUUAAAAAUAAAAUGUUUUAAUUACUUUAAAAAAAUUUUAUUUUUCUUUAGAGUUAAUAACUAAUUUAAAGCCAUUAUCAUAUCGUGUUUGUCUAUAGAUAAUUACUCCUCUUAAUGCUAGUCGUAGGUAAGCUGACCUUUAACGUAAGUAUUAUGUUCGUGUGUCGCACACACCUAAUAACUUAUAUACAGACAGUUAAAAAAUGUUAAACAAUG